UCCAGGAGAGACCAUGUCCGCCGUCACAGGCAAACUGAAUGCACCUCUACUCUCAUUUAAAACCAAUUCUCCAUGAAAUAACAGUGACGCGGGGCCUCAAGGAUGGCCAACUCGGGUGCUGUUCAGGUGAAACUAGAACUUGGUCAUCGUGCCCAGUUGAGAAAGAAACCCACCGUGGAAGGCUUCACCCACGACUGGAUGGUGUUUGUCCGGGGGCCGGAGCAGAGCAACAUCCAUCACUUCGUGGAGAAAGUGGUUUUUCACCUGCACGAGAGCUUCCCCAAACCCAAAAGAGUGUGCAAGGAUCCACCAUACAAACUGGAGGAGUCUGGAUACGCAGGCUUCAUAUUGCCUAUUGAAGUUUACUUCAAAAAUAAGGAAGAACCGAAGAAGGUCCGCUUUGAUUACGACCUGUUCCUCCACCUGGAGGGCCACCCGCCUGUCAAUCAUCUCCGCUGCGAGAAGCUCACCUUCAACAACCCAACAGAGGAGUUUCGUAAGAAGCUGCUGAAAGCCGGAGGGACCCGGGAUCCUCACAAACGAAGUUCAGAAGACUCAAAAGUGAUGGUAAUGCAGGAGGGCUCCACCUCCCUGUUCGGCCAGCACCUGAAGCUGCCUACGCUUCCCAACAGCUCACUGACAUCCACCUUCUCUGAUCCAAAGAAGAGCAAAAGCUUCCAUGGGUCAAAGGACAGCUCCAAGGGAAGCGGUAUCACCCUUCUGACCACCGCCACAACCACCAGCACCAACAGCAGCAGCUUCUCCAAACUCCACAAGCCCUCUAAGGACCACAAAGACAAGCCUCCAAAAGACUUGAAAGAGCCCAAAAGUGCCUUCAGAGACUCCGGCUGGGAACCCAGCAAAGCCCCCAAAGAACCUUCCAGGAAACCCAAAGAGAACCAGCCCCUAAGAGAUAUCAAUCCUAAAAUGGGCUUCAAGGAACCCAAGUCUUUGUCCAAGGAGCAUCGGACUGAGGGGACGACCCACGGGUCAGCGCUAAACAAGCGUCUGUCAGCUCCCGAUGGUGAUGAGCAUGUGACCAAAAAACGUAAAAAGGGAUUUGUUGACCUAUCAGGGAAGCAGCCAUCGGGGUCAGACUCGCAACAUUUGGAUAAGAGUCUCUUGAAGGAUAGAUCGCAGGGGCGAACAAGCAAACUGCGACCAGAGGUUGACGAGGCGGACCGCAGGAAGGUGUCAACACUGCCGCCAUUCCGGGACUUGGUGGACCUCAAUGACUCAGAUAUGGAGGACCAGUCUACCAAAUCAGAUUCCGAACAGCCCAGUCCAGCCAGUUCCAGCUCCGGUUCAGGCUUUGCUCCCACACACCACAAACGGCAAGUGGUGGACUUCAUCAUCAGGAAAAGGUUGGCUAUUCCUGCCACCACCCACACAGUGCUGGGCCCGCUGCAGUCGGUCAUGCAGGACCUGCACUCGGAUGACAACGAGGACGAUUCGGAGGACGCCGACGACCACGACAUGGACUCUGACGUGGAGCGGCCCGCGCACAUGCAUCUCACGCACCACCAGCGCAGGGUCAGUUUGAGUGAUGGCAGUGAGAGUGACAGCUCCUCGCCCUCCCCCCCAUCCCGCAAUGAAGCCCCGCCCAUGCUAAAGACAACUGCUAACCAGAUACUGGAAGUGAAGAGUCCCACCAAGCAGAACAAGCAGGACAAGAACAGAAGCAUGGACUGUGACAAGGCGUACCUGGACGAGCUGGUGGAGCUGCACAAACGGCUGAUGACCCUCAGAGAAGGUCAUAUACUCCAACAGAUUGUGAACCUCAUUGAAGAGACGGGACACUUCCACAUCACAAACACUACUUUUGACUUUGACCUUUGCUCCUUGGACAGAAGUACAGUGAGAAAGCUCCAGAGUUACCUGGACACCUCGGGACUGUCCUGAGGCUCUGAGCAGCUGGAUCUCUGUCUCCAAGUAGACUUUUUAGAUUUUUCUUGAAUGAACUCCAACGUUGGAUGCAAUGCAAAAGGCCCACCGUGGCUGGGUCCGGUUUGCUGUGUGCCUGUCGGACUGGGCCCUCUGAGUGAGGAGGUGGUUGCGCUGCAGGACCCAGAGCCAGGUGUUGUGGGUCAUGAGCCCUGUGGAUCAGGAGAUCACCCAGAAAGCCUUCAAACUUCACUUGAUUUCUUAGAGAGAAAAAAGAAAGAAAGUGGUUGCUCUUAAUGAAUGUGCUUAUUGUUACCAUGUAUGUUCCUUGAUUUGUUGUUCGUGACAAAUGCAUGGUUGCUUUACAACAUUGUAAGUCUUAUUUAUUGAAGUGUGUGUGUGUGUGU